AUGAAUGAAGUUCUGCAUGUGAACUUUCUAGAACGUCCUUGUACUGCGCACGUGAGUCUGCGGGGCCAAACAUUGAAGGAGGCUAAGGGGCAGAAGGCCUACGACUCGUUCGAGAUCACGGCGAGGACCUUGCUCUUCCGGCCGACAUUCACCGUGCUAGCGCCGGAGGACGCGGCUUCGGUGUCGUCGGUGCACGCCCUGGUGGGCCCCGUGCUUUCCCUCCUGGAGGGGUGCGAGAACGCCAGGUCGGAGGGUAAGGCUAACGAGGCCCUCGCGAGGAUCGGGAUGGGCCUGGCUGUCAACCCCAGUGCGACGAGGUCGGAGAUGCUCCUCUACGUUCACGCGACCGUGGCGCCGUUCCUUCUCCCCCAGACAUCGGACGAGGAGGACGACGACGAGGUGGAAGAGGGAGACGGUGAAGACAGCAGCGACAGCGAAUGUGGUGCGGAGGGGUCGACAGCCGCGAGAAAGAAGGCCACAGGGAGCUCCGCUGGCGGCGGGGCUUCAUCCUCCGCCCGGCAGUGGAUGGCCUCCGAGGGUAACCUGAAGGGUCACUCCCGCCUCGCUGCCGCCGGCAAGAAGCGUCGGCGAGAGUGGGAGUCGGCGGCGGCGAUGGCAAGGGGGGCUGGCGGACGGGCGGCGGCGAUGGAUAGGAGAGGGGAGGUGGUGCGGGCCAUGGCGGAUCCGUUCGUCCCGCUGCUAACGAGGCAUCCAAAACAUGAGUCCCCCCCCCUCCCCCUGUUCCAAUUUGUCCCGACCAAGCAGAUCGUCAGCGGGGUCUCUUACGAGCACGCCGAGGGGCGCCUCGCGGCCCUCAACCUGUGCUCCCAGCUCCUUCGACGGCUCCCGGAGCCCAACCUCGACCAGCUCUCCAGCUUCUUCUACCUCAGCGGCGGUGGUGGCGGCGGUGGCGGAGGUGGCGGCAAUGAAGGUGAUGGGCUGUUCGAUCGGCUACUGGAGGCGUUGCUGUACCCGCAUGCCUGGGUGCGCCUCGCGGCCGCCCGCGUUUGGGGAUCGUUCUUCUCGAAGAGGGAUCCAGAGACCCUGACCGUAACCGCCGGCGGUAGCGGCGGUGGCGGUAGCGGUGGCGGCAGUGGCAGUGGCAAUGGCGGUGGUGGUGGCCAAGUAGAGAGACGCCAGACACUGAAGCAAGUCCAAGGUGGCUCAACACCCGGGAAGUUGAAAGGGAAAGGCCGGGGCCAGCGGCGGGGUGAUGUUGCCGGCGAGCGAGCUGGGGUAGACGACGGGGGGCAGGACUUCCUUCGAAGGAGACGUGUCCUGUUCCUCCUGUGCCAGAACCUGUGCUCUCAGCUCAACAGGUCGCAGGUGGACCCGAAACUGACGGAGCAGUGCGUCAAGAACCUGGUGUUUCUCGGCCGUGCGAUGCAUCUCAACCCGGAGCUAUGCUUCGCUGAGGAUGCCGUCAAACAAGAAGAAAACGCCUCUGAGACGGAAAGCCCGGCGAUGGACGAAUCAAGCGACAGCGAGGGUUUUGAUGAUGACGGCGGAGAUGCGGCCGCCGCCGCCGCUGCCGAUUCUGCCGAUUCUUCUCCUGCCGGUGGCGGUAAGGCUACCGCACCCGGUGCCGCCGACCCGUUGAGAUGGGUGUUCAACCGCAUGUCCCAUAUGGUGGUGCAUAAAGGAGAGGCACGGAGGCGGGCGGUGUUCAGCUGGUUCCUGGCGAUGGUGGCCGUCCACGAGCCCGCCGUUCCCGUGGCCCACCUGAAGCUCAUGCUUCUGCCGCUGCGGAGAGCGGUGUUAGACGCCGAGGCGGGCGGGGUGGAGCACAAGGCUGGGGGGUCUCAUGCCGGCGGUAGCGGUGGCGGGGGAGGGGGCACAGCUGCUGAGAAGGAACAAACUGCUGCGGAGCUAGCGACGGAGGUGAUGGAACUCCUGGAGGAGAAGGUUGGCAGCGGCCGCUUCCUAGAGGCCUUGACGGGGGUCAACAUGGAGAUCUCUCGGGAGCGGGUGGCGCGAAAGCGGCAGCGUGCGGUGGAGAAGGCCACGGAUCCGGUUGCGGCGGGAGAGCAGCGAAGGGAACGCACAGAAGCCGGGAAGAUCCAGAAGCGAAGAAAGGUGGAGGAGUUGGCCAAGCUCCGAGGAGGGACCAAGCGCAUGCGAAUGGGGGGCAUAGGCAAACCUGGCCCUGGCGCCUCAAGGAACGGAGGGGGGCGCGGUGGACGAGAUAGAAGUAAUAGGGGGGGUAUGAGGGGGGGCCGGGGUGGCGGCAGAGGCACGGGGCAGGGGCGAGGUGGUGGUCGGCGUGUUGGUGGGAGAGGGGAGGGGAGGGGAAGAGGCGGAGGCGGUGGUAGGGGCGGGGGCGGCGGACGUGGUCGACGAUAA